GAGGCAUCUGUAGAGGGAGCAUGUGACCAGCUAAUCAGGAAGUCAUACUGCCUGUAAGGAGGAGGCAGUGAGACAGAUGAGGUGAGCAGGCAGCUCGAGUUGCAAGUACGUGUGUGGAGCUUAUGGAUCUCUUCACGGAUGCGCAGGAGCAGCAGCACAAAAAGCCGAACUUUAACGAAGAAGUUGGUUAUUUCAUUCUACUGCGCAUGCAUCUGCCCCAGGAAAUUCGAUGAAAGAAGAAGGAAGCCGAUUGCUCCAUGGUGCUCACUGAAAGAAUUCCCGGUUUUUCUCCUUAUAGGAGCACCAGCCCAGGGUGUGGGCUCUACCUGAGUGGCUUCCUACCUGGGAAACAUGGCGGAAUCCGGCAGAAGGGAAUUUGUCUCCAUCCGGCAGAGCAGAAUGGCUUUUUGGACGCAAUUCUUUCAUCAAGACCAUGAUGAGAUUUCUCUGGCCUGUAUAUGGGUAUACCAGGAUCCCAGUGGUUUCUUCCAGUUCUGACCUGAUGGUGUUGCUUGAUGUCUGACCACCGUGUUUCCAUUCUUCAGCCUUGCUGCCUUGUUUGUGCUUCUGCAAAAGAGCUUGGACAACACCUCUGGAAACAAUUGUCUACUACAAAAUUUCUGCUUGGUAUGGCAGAUAAGAGCAGCAGUGUGAAAUGCACCUUUUCUGCGCCCGGCCACAGCACUACUCUCUUACAAGGACUGACCGCAUUGCGUGCUCAGGGCCAGCUGCUCGAUGUCAUUCUUACAAUAAACAAUGAAGUGUUUCAAGUUCACAAAGUGGUCCUCGCAGCUUGUAGUGACUACUUCAGAGCAAUGUUCACUGGAGGGAUGAGGGAAUCAAAUCAAGAUGUUAUUGAGUUAAAAGGUGUCUCUUCCAGGGGACUUAGACACAUAAUUGACUUUGCAUAUAGUGCAGAAGUAACUCUUGAUCUAGACUGCAUUCAUGAUGUUUUAGGAGCUGCAGUAUUUCUUCAGAUGGUGCCAGUUGUGGAGCUUUGUGAAGAGUUUUUGAAGUCUGCAAUGAGCGUGGAAACUUGCUUGAAUAUUGGACAAAUGGCUACAACUUUUAGUUUGGCUUCUCUAAAAGAGUCUGUUGACUCCUUCACAUUCAAGCACUUUCUUAAGAUUGCUGAAGAAGAAGAUUUUCUUCAUUUGCCUUUGGAAAGAUUAGUUUUCUUUCUUCAAAGCAAUAAGUUAAAAAACUGCAAUGAAAUAGACUUAUUUCAUGCUGCAAUUCGUUGGCUGCAGUAUGACUAUUCCCGCCGAGCUAAUGCCAGCCACGUCCUUUGCCAUAUUCGUUUUCCAUUAAUGAAGUCUUCAGAAUUGGUGGACAGUGUUCAAACAGUAGAUAUAAUGGUGGAAGAUGCAUUAUGUAGGCACUAUCUUCUUGAAGCGUUCAACUACCAAAUAUUGCCAUUCCGGCAGCAUGAGAUGCAAUCUCCUAGAACGGUAAUUAGAUCCGAUGUCUUUUCACUCAUUACAUUUGGUGGCACGCCUUAUACAGAUAACGACAGAACAGUGAGCAACAAGGUGUACUACUUACCGGAUAUAUGUGCUCGACAAUUUAAGGACCUAAAUGAAAUGGAAAUAGGAUGCAGCCAUGCUUGUGUUGCAGUGCUCGAUAAUUUUGUCUAUGUUGUAGGUGGACAGCUUUUGCAAUACAGAAGUGGUGAGGGAGCUGUUGAUUGCUGUUUUCGCUAUGAUCCCCAUUUAAAUCAGUGGCUGCGCAUUCUGGCCAUGCAAGAAUGCAGAAUUCAAUUCCAGCUACAUGUUUUGAAUGGAAUGCUAUACGCCACUGGAGGGCGAAAUCGUUCUGGAAGUUUGGCAUCUGUGGAGAGGUACUGUCCAAAAAACAAUGAAUGGACCUAUGUUUGUUCUCUCAAACGAAGAACAUGGGGGCAUGCUGGUGCCACACUUGGUGGAAGACUCUAUAUAUCAGGAGGCUAUGGAGUAUCUGUUGAAGAUAAAAAAGCUCUUCAUUGUUACGAUCCUUCUGUAGAUCAGUGGGAGUUUAAAUCUCCGAUGAAUGAACCAAGAGUCCUGCAUGCAAUGGUUGAAACAAAAAAUAGAAUUUAUGCUCUUGGUGGACGGAUGGACCAUGUUGAUAGAUGUUUUGAUGUUUUGGCUGUUGAGUAUUAUGUUCCAGAGACGGACACGUGGACAACAGUGAGCCCAAUGAAAGCUGGGCAGUCUGAGGCAGGUUGCUGCCUGUUGGAUAAAAAGAUUUAUAUUGUAGGUGGCUACAACUGGCACUUAAACAAUGUUACUAGUAUUGUCCAAGUCUAUAAUACAGAAACCGACGAGUGGGAAAGGGACCUUCACUUUCCAGAAUCAUUUGCUGGAAUAGCAUGUGCAUCUGUCAUAUUACCACAAAUUAUAACUCUAAGGUAAUCAAAUAAGAAGUAAAAGGUACAAUUCUUCAAAUCUAUGACUAUUUUUUAUACUCAAGAUAUUGCACAUGAAAUGCUAAACAAAGUUUAUAUGAUGUGUGGUUCAAAUUCAAAUGUGUCUUACCUUAAGACAUUCAGUUACUUUGUGUGAACCUUUCAAAUUUAAUGAAGUGUAUGGGAGAGGAUCCCGUUUUGAGAACACACAGACUGACAUUUUUACAGUGUUUGAAGGAAAACUGCACAUCCUUGCAUUCAAGGAAGUUGACCUCCAAAAACCCUCCAACAGAAGAGGCUACACUUGAUAUUUAAAACUCUACCUGGUGCUUCAACUUGUAAACUUUUUGCUUUGUGUACUGGUAAGAUGUUUUGAGCUAGCCAACCAUGGAAAGAUCCAUAUGUUUAGCAAGGUUAAAAAUAAAAAGUGAAUCAUU